UUAUAAUUAUUUUGGCACGCUACAAUAUUUGGAACAGAAUCAAGGUUACAAUAAUUUUUCUUUCUGUCAAAAUUAAUACUUCUUCAUUCUUGGUAUAGAAUUCCAUACACGUUUCUAAAGCAUACUUAUAUUUUUUUAAGCGUAUUUCACGUUUUAAAUCCAAUGAUAUAUUAUACAUCAGACCAAUAAUAACGUCACGUGUGUUUAAUUUAAACCUUCACAUAAAUUAACCACGUGUAUUGCGUAAUUAUUUUGCCAAGUUAAAUAUUAUCAAUAAAAUUUAAAAGCUAUUAUUCUGAAGGCAAGAACUAUUGUGUUUGUAACUUGCAUACCACCACCUACGAAUUGUCAUUAAUCGGAAGAGAAACCAAGUAGUAAUAAUUAUAGAAAAAUGAAACUUUAUUGGCUCAUUGUUUGUCUGACCACUCUGUCAUUGGUAAAUGCGAAGCAACAAUGCCAUACAUCCGAUCUCGAUUUGUGUUUUCUGCCCACUGUUCUAAAAAUUAGCAGAAACAGAAUACCCCAAACUUCCGAAGACUUAGAAAAAUUAUGCGAAAUUGCAAAUAAAUCAUUUAAUUGUGUGGAUGAUUUUCUGCAUAAAUGUUUUGCUGAUUGGCAUCAACAACUUAUAAAUCUAGUAUUGGAAGAUGAACUCCAUGUUUUGAAGGAAUUAUGCCAAGUUGGAAGCGAGUUUCAGACAGAAUUUUUGAAAAUUGCACCCUGUUUGUCGGUAGCUUUCAACAAUACACUUCAUGUAUGUUUUGAAAACUUUGAAAGAGUCGUAAAUCAAGUCACUGGAGAAAACAUAGAAGCCAGAAUACCUUCAGGUUGUUGCUAUUUUAAUAAAUUUUAUGACUGUACAUUUGAUCAAGUAGAUGGUUCUUGUGGCAAAAAAUCUUUCUCGACAUUUAAGAAAUUAUUACAUAUGUUCGGUUUGCAUUGGUAUAAUCACUUAUGUUCCUCCUACAAUCCUUCUAGCAACUUUUGCAUAAAUAUGUUAAACAGAGAGGUUACAUCUCCUUCACCAAAUUAUUCAUAUUUGGCUAAAUUCCUUAUCAUCAUAUUCAAAAGUUUUCUUUAGAAACAUUUUGAAAUCAAAAUACUUUUUUCAUCUUAAAUUUAGUAAAAUAUAUUUUAACAAAAGUAAUAGCAUUUGAUUUUACUACAUU